GACAUCUUUCCCUGCACUUGCGUUUGGAUUUUUCGAAGCAACCCAUCAGUGGGAAGAGAGAGAAAGAGACAUUAGAGAGAGAGAGGGAGACGUCACUUCUCUCAGUGGCUGAACACUGCAGCUCCAAAAGAAGAAGAAGAAGGGGGGUGCGUAGGAUAAGCAGAAGCUGGAGCUCUUUCUGUUUUUUGGGUGGUAGUCAUGGUGGGUUAGCUUGAUUGAAUCUCGGGCUGCUGCUGUUGCUCUAAGCUAAGCGUCCUGUGCUGAAAGAUUGAAUCUUUCUGAGUUGGGUUUUGGGCUGUUUGCAGUGGUAGUUGAUUACUGUAAUGGGCUCUGUUCGUUUUAGCAAUGGCCACCGGAGGAGGAAGUUGGAAGCGGUGCUCCUCUUGCUAUGCUUAUGUGAGUUGAUCUCGCUAUCUUGCGCCAGGAGGCUGUCUGCUUCAAGACAGAAGCUUCAAGUUCAGAAACACUUGAACAGGCUCAAUAAGCCUCCCAUUAAAACCAUUGAGAGCCCAGAUGGGGAUAUCAUUGACUGUGUGCACAUCUCUCAUCAGCCAGCUUUUGAUCACCCUUUUCUCAAAGACCACAAAAUCCAGAUGAGGCCUAGUUACCAUCCAGAAGGGCUUUUUGAUGAGAACAAGAUUUCAGAAAAGCCUGAAGAAAGAACAAACCCGAUAACUCAGCUUUGGCACAUGAAUGGCAAGUGCCCCGAGGACACCAUUCCCAUUAGGAGAACAAAGAAAGAAGAUGUUCUAAGAGCAAGCUCUGUGAAAAGAUAUGGAAAGAAGAAGCAUAGAAGCAUCCCCAAGCCCAGGUCUGCUGAUCCUGACCUCAUAAAUCAAAGUGGUCAUCAGCAUGCCAUAGCAUAUGUUGAAGGGGACAAGUACUAUGGAGCAAAGGCGACCAUCAAUGUUUGGGAACCUAAAAUACAACAGCCUAAUGAGUUCAGCUUGUCUCAGAUUUGGGUUUUAGGUGGUUCUUUUGGUGAAGAUCUUAACAGCAUUGAAGCUGGUUGGCAGGUGAGCCCCGAUCUCUAUGGUGACAACAAUACUAGGCUCUUCACUUACUGGACCAGUGAUGCAUAUCAAGCAACUGGUUGCUACAAUCUUCUCUGCUCUGGCUUUAUUCAAGUCAACAGUGAAAUUGCAAUGGGUGCAAGCAUCUCUCCUGUUUCUGCAUUUAGGAAUUCUCAAUAUGAUAUUAGCAUUCUUGUCUGGAAGGAUCCAAAGGAGGGGAACUGGUGGAUGCAGUUUGGCAGUGACUAUGUAUUAGGCUACUGGCCAUCUUUCUUGUUCUCCUACUUGGCGGAUAGUGCUUCGAUGAUUGAAUGGGGUGGGGAAGUAGUCAACUCAGAGCCGGAUGGGCAGCACACCUCAACUCAAAUGGGCAGUGGCCAUUUCCCAGAAGAGGGAUUCGGCAAAUCGAGCUAUUUCAGGAACAUUCAAGUCGUUGACAGCUCCAACAACCUUAAGGCUCCCAAAGAACUUGGCACUUUUGCUGAGCAAUCUAACUGCUACGAUGUUCAAACAGGCAGCAACGGAGAUUGGGGACACUACUUUUACUACGGCGGCCCUGGUAGAAAUCCCAAUUGCCAGUGAACUUAAAAAGGACGAAUCGACAUCAAAAAAACAAGGGGAAAAAAAAAAAAAAAAAGAGAAAAGAUGAUCCUUCUGAGAAGGAAGGAUUUGUAUCAUUCAGUGUAGUCUGAACUUGCCUAGCUAUGUCUCUAUGUAUACCCUUCUAUUUUUCCUUUCUUCUCCCCCUUCUCUUGGUUUUCCUUAGGUUUUUGUUCAGUAAAUGCAGUGGAAAUUUUUGAUCCUUUGUGUUUUCCUUGGAGAAGUUGUCCAUGUAAGUGAAUUGGCCAAGUUUCUUGAAGAAAAAUCUAUAGAGAAACAGGCCUUUUGUUA